UCUUCUAUUUAUUUAUGUAUAAACCACACUCUUCACCUUGAAAUUUUUCAUCACUCAUUCCAUAAACCUUAUUGUGAUCAAUUCACAAACAACACCAUGCCUAAGAAGCUUCAAAAAACCCUUCAAGAUUACCUCAACAAAAUCAAAAACAAAAACCCACAACCUCAAAUUCGAUUAACCAAAAUGCUCUCUGGCUGCAAACAUCCUAAAACACCAUCUUUUUCCUUAGAUAACGGCAGAAACAUAUCAUCCUCUAACGCCGUUAACAACAAUAACAACAAAAUCAAUGAUGCUGCAACACUAGCUGACGUUGACCGUUUUCUCUUUGAGAAUUUCAAGUCUCUAUAUUUCAAAGAUGAUGAAGAAACAGAACAAAACAACAACAACAACAACAAAAACAAAAGAAUCUCGGAUGAAAAAAACAACGAGGAACCACCAAAACGUAUUGGUGGUUCCUGGUUGUUGGAAUCACCGAGAUUCAUUACAACACCACCUCAAGAUCUUUGUGGCUCAGCACGAUUCUUCGUGAAACCAGGUAACUCAGGAUCAUUGAUGGAAGAUGCACUGUCUCUAACAAACAGUGAUGAAGCUGAUUCGAGUAAUUCGAAUAAUUCAAAUUCAUCAUCAACAGCAUCACCUUCAAAACAGGUUAUUGUAGUAAACCAUGAUGAUCACAAUCAUCACACUCUUCCUGAGAAUUGUGUUGCACUGUUAUCAUAUUCUCCAAGUCCUUACGAUGAUUUCAGGCGAUCGAUGCAAGAAUUGGUGGAAUCAAAGUAUGGUAAGAUUGAAAACAAUCAAAGGAAAAUUGAUUGGGACUUCAUGGAGGAGAUUUUAUUUUGUUAUCUUAAUGUUAAUGAGAAAAAAUCUCAUAAGUUUAUAUUAAGUGCUUUUGUUGAUCUGAUCACUGUUAUGAGGAAGAAUUCAGAGGCUGCUCCGGCGAAGCCGUGUAGCGUGAGAACUGUUAGGAUUGGUAGGGAAGUCAGGAAGAAGAAGACCAAGCAGGUUACCAUAGAAUUUGGUUCCUCUUAGUUUUUUUUUUUUUUUUUUUUUGUUAGCUAAUUUUCAUGAAAUAAAAUAUAUAUUAGAAUAAAUGUAUUAGGGAGGGGUUUUUUUCUUCCAAAAACAAUCCUUGAAUAUUGGAGUCUUAUGUCAGGAUCCAAUGGUCCUUGAGUUAAUGUUAUGCAUAAAACUCAUGCUUCAAAAGCAUGUCAAGUUUUAUUUUUGUAAACUAAAGUAUAUCUCUUA